UGCAUAAUAAAGGAAAUAAAGGAAGCUACUGUACUCUGCCUCUGCUCGCUGCACUGGUGUACACACAUCAGAAACGAAAGCAAAGGAAAUUGGAAGUUUUCAUAGAAACAGGCACGUUUUAGAAAAUAUAAUUAAAGUCGACAUCUACUGAGGCGGAGCGUGAACUGAGGUCAGUUAGGAGGAGCUGUUCUUGUGCUAUGUCCUGAGUGUGCCAAUGGCGGCAGGUGUGAAGCCGGGGAGCGAUCCGCAGAGGAAACUGUCCUGGCCUGUGCUCUUGCUCAUAUUAACAGCUGUCACCUCCUCCUCGCUCUCCGCUCUGUCGCUUUACCAGCUGGUGGUCCUCCGUGCAGAUGUGGAGUGGCUCAAGUCUGAAGUCUGCCACAGGAGACAGGAGGGACAGGAGGACGGGCAUAUAGGCCAGGUAAGUUCCAUUAUGGAUAAUAUUUGUCCCAGAAGCAACCGAGAGACUCUGCAAAGGCUUGAGUCAGAGCAUGCUUCAAUACUGAGAAAAAAAAGACAGAGCACUGGUAAAGACAUAAUAGUAUCCCAGCCUUGUUUGCAGCUUAUGGCAAAUGGCAACAGGAAACCCUUCAAUAAAGAAUUUGACUUUGAUGAAGCCACUGGUAUCCCCUGGCAAACAGGCCUGAAACGAGGUACUGCCCUGGAAGAGGAACAGGAUAGAAUACUGAUCCUACAGGAGGGCUACUACUACGUAUACAGCCAGACACAGGUCUACUACAAGGACACCCAAAUCGCCAUGGGCCAAGUGGUCAUCAGGUGGAAGGCCAGUGUGGUGGGGAAUGAGGCUUCUCAUGUGGUUUUGUUCCGCUGCAUCAAAAACAUGAGACAUGAAUACUCCUUUAACACCUGCUUCACUGGUGGUGUUGUGAAGCUGGAAACUGGGGACCACUUGGAGCUGCUGAUUCCCAGGGCCAAAGCUAACAUUACCCUGGAUGGAGAAGGCACUUUCAUGGGUGCAAUCAAACUAGUGUGACAUAUCGCAACUUAAUCGUCAUUAGUGCUAUCUUGUACAAGGAUGCAUUUCUUUUAUUAACAGUAAUUAUGUCUUCCAAAUCAAAUAUCACCUCAUGACAUGAUCACCAGUUUUUAUAAACAAUUGUUUGUAAAUAUUUCACAUAUAAAUCACCUCUGCACAAUAGAUGACAUCAUCUGGUGUAGAUUGAUUGCUAUUCUUUAUGGUAUCACUAGAGGGCGCUUCAAAGAGGAUCUGCAUCCUGAGAGAGCUAAAGCAAGCAGGGAGAGAUGAAGCUAUAAACCUGUCUGAAUUGUUAUUGAUGCUCUGUGUGUGGCAACUUCAUGAGAGGCGCUGGUGAAUGAAGAGGGACAGCCUGAAGAGACUUGAGUUCCUGAGAAGUGCUGGACAGAUAUUUGCAUUAGGCAGAAGAAACAACUGGGAAGCUAUCUAUGUCAGUGCAUUUCUCCAAAUACAUUAUGCCUGGAGAAAGGAUUUACACAGAAAGACAUUUUUUUGUGGAACUCAGCUACAUAAUUAAACAAAGUUUGUAUGUUCAUAGUCUGUUAAAGCCCCAUCAUGUAAUGUUGUUGCCAAAAAAACUGCUAAAAUAAAGCUUUUUUUCAAUCUUGUAAUGCACUGAAAA